GUCUUGACGUCAUUCUUCUAUCUGCUCCUGUUGUACCUAUCUCCGAGUGCGGACGAACAGAGAGCUAUUUUCCUCAAGGUUGGUUUGAGUAAGGAGAACGAUCGUCGAGCUAUCCAGCGCGGUGAACCAGUCAAGAAAUGGAUGCUUCCUCUGGGUUCUAUCAAGUCUAAACCUGGGGACGGGCUGUACUUCCUUCAAAUGAUGAAAUGGGGCGUAUUGCAGUAUUGCGUCGUCCGUCCGACGACUACUCUUGCUGCUGUCAUACUCGACUACGUUGGCCUGUAUUGCGAGGACUCGUGGUCACCUGGAUGGGGUCAUGUAUACAUCACAAUCAUCGUAUCCAUCUCGGUCUCGAUCGCCAUGUACUGCCUCAUCCAAGUAUACAUCCCUAUAUCGUCGCAGCUUGCGCGCCAUAGACCCAUACUGAAGCUGUUUGCAGUCAAAGCCGUUGUGUUCUUGACGUUCUGGCAAGCAACUUUUCUGUCACUAUUGAGUACUUUUGGUGUCGUAAAGGGUGUGAGUAUCCUCGUUGACUCGUAG